AUGUUACGACCACAAGCCAAUGAAGCUCGUGACCUCAUUUGCCUUGAUGGAAUCUGGAAUUUUGCACUAGCCAAAUCUCCAGAUUUAUCCGAUGAGGCAUGGAAAACUCGCCUCUCUCCUGAACUUCAAGCACCUGUCCCAGCCAGUUACAACGAUAUUUUUGCUGAUGAGGUCAUUCGUGACCACGUUGGUUGGGUCUACUAUCAGCGGAAAGUCAUCAUCCCUCGUUGUUGGACGACGUCCCAGCGUUUCUUCCUGCGUUUAGAUGCCGCUACCCACCACGGAAGAGUUUAUGUCGAUGAUGAUCUCGUCACCGAGCAUAUUGGCGGCUAUACCCCCUUUGAGGUUGAGCUGACUCAUCUCGUGAAACCAGGGUCAGAGUUCCGUCUUACUGUUGCAGUGAGUAACAUGCUCACCUGGGAAACGAUCCCACCAGGCCGGAUCGAAGUUUGCAGUGAUGGAUCACGUAAACAGAGCUAUCAGCAUGACUUUUUCAACUACGCUGGCUUGGCCCGUUCUGUUUGGCUCUACUCAACGCCUCAGAAUUUUGUCAGCGACAUCACCGUGGUCUCCAAUCUGCUUCAAGACGGUACAGGCCUUGUUGAAUUCGAUGUUCAACGUUCUGGUGACUUGCCGGGUGAGAUCACAUGGCGAGUGCUGCUCGAGGACGAAGACGAUAAGGUGGUUUGUGAAGCCCAUGAGCCUAAAGGAACGCUUGAAGUCAGAAACGCUAAGCCGUGGUGCCCUGGCGCCGCCUACCUUUACCGGCUCCGGGUCGAGCUUCUUUCGAGCCAAGGGUCCCCUCAAGAACGGAUCCUUGACGUCUACAGCCUUUCCGUAGGCAUUCGUUCAGUGGAAGUUCGGGACGGACGUUUCCUUAUCAACGGGAAGCCUUUCUAUUUCACUGGAUUCGGCAAGCACGAAGAUGGCCCUGUUCGCGGACGUGGGUACGACGCGUCGUACAUGGUGCACGAUUAUCGUUUGAUGAAAUGGAUAGGCGCGAACUCCUUCCGUACUUCCCAUUAUCCGUAUGCGGAGGAAGUCCUUGAGUAUGCUGACAGACACGGUAUCGUUGUUAUCAAUGAAACGGCUGCUGUUGGACUUAAUCUCAACAUUGUGUCAGGUAUCUUUGGGAAUAAGAAGAUCGACACCUUCUCGCCAGAGACUAUGAGUAGCAAGACGCAAAACACCCAUGCACAAGCUAUUCGAGAACUUAUAAGUCGGGACAAGAAUCAUCCAUGUGUUGUAAUGUGGAUGCUGGCUAACGAGCCUGGUGCUAGCGAGGAGGGAAGCCGGGAAUACUUUGAGCCACUUGUAACGUUGGCACGCUCUCUGGACCGACAACAACGACCUAUGUGUUAUUCUCACAUGAUACAUUCCAAGCCAGACACUGAUAAAAUUGCGGAUUUGUUUGACGUGGUCUGUAUGAACCGCUAUUACGGCUGGUACACACAGACGGGGGACCUCAAGUCUGCAGAAGCUGCUCUCGAGACUGAGCUGCUGAGUUGGCAACAAGCCUACUCAUCGAAACCCAUAAUCAUGACGGAGUAUGGUACCGAUACGGUCGCAGGCUUGCACACUGUCUGUGAUGUUCCUUGGACUGAGGAAUAUCAGGUCCGCUUCCUUGAAAUGUAUCACCGAGUCUUUGACCGAAUUGACAAUAUCGUCGGUGAGCAUGUGUGGAAUUUCGCUGAUUUCCAGACCUCGGCCAUGAUCAUCCGGGUUGACGGAAAUAAGAAGGGUAUUUUUACCAGGGACCGGAGGCCCAAGAGCGCCGCCCACGCUUUACGUGCUCGGUGGACGGCUGGUAUUGGAUACAAUAGGGACAACUGCAAGACCAUCGAAAGGAAAUGA